GGCAAGGAGGACCAGGAACAGCACGAGGGGGACGGCACCCGUGGCGCUCGGGCUCAGAGCAUCCAUGAAGACUUGCGGCCAGAGACGUGGCUCUCGCCGAGAAGUGUGGUCGGCCAAAUCCAGACGCCGAAGCUGGGACGCUCAGCGAUGCUGCGCGUCUUGGCGGCAACGUGCUGCACCGCAGUGGCGUGGCGGCGUAACGCGGCGCUCCUGGACCUGCAGCCCAAGCUCCAGUCGCUGGGGGGCGAGAGCGCCCGGCAGGCGACCGCGGACGCGGCCAACGUCACCGCGGGACACCAGGCCGCGGAGGAGGUGCACCCGCUAGCGGGGGAGCUCCCGUCUGGCGUCAGCACAGGCCUUACGCUUUACAACAUGCUCGGCAGCGCGAUGGGUCUGGCCAACUCGGCACGAAGUGGUCGUCAAUGGCCAAGUAUACCCUCACCUCCGAUCUCACGCACAAUCUCGACUCGCUGCGCGAAGUGCACGACCUUCUCGUGAAGAAGAUACAGCUUGUGCCAGCGGAGUGGCGCGCGACCUGCGACAAUUGCACCAACGACGAGCUGGAGGAGGCCUACACGAUCAAGCGGAGCUGGGAUAGCAUGCAAAGCUUUGCAGGCGCGGCCACAGACUGGAUCUUGGAGACGGUCGAGAGAGACAGUGACGACUGCCCUCUCCGGCUCAAGAAGUUGGUGGCGAAGAUGCGACGGACCAUGACAAUUCUAGACGUGGAGUGCGAUAGCCUCGUUAUGCAGCUCGCUGCGACAACAGAACGGAGCGUUGCAGACUACAUUCGUUACGGCAACCGUGCUUGCGACCAGGAACAUCAGUCAGCCUCAGGGAAUGAGGACGUGACCACAGGCUACGACGAGGACGACAUCGUAUCUUACGAUCCACAUGAGGGUGGACCCGUGUGGAAAGAGCUGGAAGAGUUCUACGCUCCAGCAGGAACCUCAGGGGUCUGCAGAGAGCUCCCGAUUUCGAUGCCACGGGAACAGGUGGUGGAAGCUUGCAAGCAGCAGUGUCAGGCAAUGGGGGAGUGCAAGGGGUUUACGCUCUACAAUGGGACCGUGGCGGACUUCGGCCCACGACGUGCCGAGCUGGACUCCUGGAACCCGCUACUCGACGCUCAGGAGCGCUAUGGUCGCUUUGAUAUGGAGGUUGGCGACGAGAUUGGCAUAUUCAAACAGGGUGCCUACCUCACAGUCAAGAAGUGCCAAAACCUGCCAAUCACGCUGGCGCCUUCGCGCACAUCGUGUGAUAAGUUUGGGCGCCUCGGGCUCGAGUGCGGUCCUCAAUUCGUCGGCUGCUUCAGGCGUGAGAGUCUGCACCUCCUUCGGAAGCGCACAGGGACGCGGACCUUCUCGAACCAGUGCUGCUUCACCACGUCUGUCGUUGAUGCGGAUACGCACGGAAGCGCAGAAUGCUACGUACGGUUGCCGGACAAUUCUCUGCGGAGUAUGAGCUCCGAUGACGCCGCCGCUUGGUUGUCUUCUCUGCCCACUGGAGGAAAUAAAGCCCUCUCGGAAGCUUUCAUCGAGGCGUCAGAGCAGAUACAGGCUCAGAAUAUCAAUGGCGUCGCAUUGCAGGCGAUGGGUUCGCAUCAGAUUCAAGAACGCCUGGGGAUCGCUGAGCCUGAACAGAUGAAGAUAAUGCAGUGCAUGAUCGAUGCGAGUAGGACUGGCAGUUCCGAGUCGGUUUGUCUCUCUUCUGGCUUUAUGAAUGAAUACCAGAGACUUCGGGGCAUCGUGGACCCUUACGUCUUCUUUGGAGUGAAAGCGGAUUUCUCUUCCAAGGCUUGGGUCGCAUCGGCGCUGAGCAGGAUCGGGAAGACAGUGAAGAGUUUGUUGAGGCAGAACGCUUGGCUGGUUGAGGCUCCCACGAAAGUUAUUGACUUGACAUUGGACCGGGGGCCGGCGGAUUUCAUGCACGGCAGUGCCGCUUCCCUCGCCGCGCAGGACUUCGCUGGCGACGUGGACUGGCUUGCCGUGGCAUCAUCCGUGAGUUUCUUGCUCAACCAAGCUGCUAGCGUCGCGUGGGGGCAGUGCCCUGUCGUCGAGGCGUGGUUGGACAGAACCGACAUCAGUGACCCCGAGAAGAUUGACGCGUUUGUCGAAGGCCUGCUGGCCAGCAAGAGCAGCUGAUCUAGAUUCGCCUCUGCACGCGCGACGGCAAAGAGAGGCUCUGGCUAUGUCUCCAGGGGAGCAGGAAGGCACGGCCCCGCCAACGGGAAGCAUGUUAAGGC